AUCUUAUGAUUUCAGAUGGUCUGCAAUGCUGACUGUGUGAUCAGCAAUGUUGUGGCAAAAUGGCCUGGCUCAGUCCAUGACUCCAGAAUCUUUCGGGCCUCUGAAAUCUAUCAGUGCCUAUCACAAGGUGAAUUCUCUGGUGUGUUGCUGGGAGACAGGGGGUAUGGCUGCCAGCCUUUUCUCCUGACACCUUUCACAGACCCCCAGGAAGCACAGCAGGCCUACAACCAUGCCCAUGCCAGGACCAGGGCCAGAGUUGAAAUGACCUUUGGCCUCCUGAAGGCACGCUUUCACUGCCUUCACAAAUUAAGGGUCAGCCCUGUUAGGGCAUGUGAUAAUACUGUGGCUUGUGCUGUCCUCCACAAUGUGGCCUGCCUGAGGAAGGAGAGGGCCCCCAGAGUGCCACCAGCCAUGGACUGGGACAAUCCGGCAAUCUUCCCUGAUGACGACAGUGGUCGGCUGCUGAGGGACCAAUAUGUGUUGAAUUAUUUUAGUUAGUAUGUGUGCUUUCAAUUUUGGUUAAAUAUGUCCUGCGGUGGCAGAGGAAUUUGGGUUUUUUUGGGUUCGUUUUUUUACGAAUUUGGCCUCUUAUGAUGUUUGUGCGGUAUACUGUGUGUAAUACAAGGCUGCAGGGAGGCUACUGCAUCCAUUCAUUUGUCUGUUCAGUUGAUGUGUAUGGAUUUGUCCUGCAUUUAUUUUAGUGUGCAGACAUGCAGGGUGUGUUAUAUACAGACCUUUGAAUGUGUAUGUAUCACUUUGUAUAAUAUGCUUGGAUUCUGUGCUUUCCAUCUUGUAGAGUCACUGUGACUUCAGUUUCGAAAGGAGCUGAUGGUUUACCUGCUUUGUUUUGUCCUUAUUCAAUAAAGGAACAUAAUGUUACACAUUGUGUUUUUAUAUUCA